AGGAAUUACGUCACACUUUGAGAAAGAAACUCUACAUGCAAACAGCUACAUCAACAAAAUUAGAUCUCAGAGACGGAAAGACUGAGAACAAAGGUGGCGAAUAUGAACAAAUAAUAAUAUUAGAUCUUUGGUUCUCAGGGUACCAAGAGACGGAGAUAGCUCAAAUCAAUUGUGAGCCUUGUUCAGCGACGAACAUAAACUAACAGACUUGGUUUCCUGAUAUUUCAAGAAAUAAAUGAAGAUAUCAGAUUAUACUUGGCACUAACAAGGACAUGGAAGAAUCUAAAUUGGAUAGUCAGAAAGGCAUUGACGAUGGAUCAUUAGAGGAAAGUCGUUACGUCAAUGCUCAAGACAAGCUAAAUAAGCCACUAAAGGCACUAUUUCACGCCAGCCAACCGUUCAGAGUUAACGAUAAACUUCGCAGCGUGUUUAUGAUAAAACAAUAUUGAGAAUUAGCUGAUUGGAUACGUAACAAUAGGUCUAUUGUGUAGUCCAACCAAUGGGAAAAUUAAAUGGCCAGCGAAAUGCGUCGGGACAUAGUGCCUGUCAUUAUUAUAAAAGAGUGCAAAAUCUAGGUGCGUGUCUGAAAGGAAGAUUUAUAGAAUAUUAAAGAGUAAGAGCUAAUUUUUAUUAAAUACUGUGCACCUAGCUUAGUUAGAGCUGUCAAUAAGCUCAAAUUCCUUGUUUAAUAUAAUCUAUUUGAUCAAAAUUAGACUUGUAUUGACUUUAAUCUAUUGCCUUAGGACAGUGGCUGUAAUUGUUUAUAUGUGAAAGAGGAUGUUAGCCGUAUCAUAUAAGUUGGGAUGGCAAUGGUCAGGUGACAUUAAUAUUUAAUGACGCAAUCGCUUUGGUGCUAUGAAUGACAGGUGCUCUUUAUUCAAUCCUUAAUCUGUCGUUCAACAAGACCAUAUCUUUUCUUCUCUCUAUUAUAUCGGGGGUUUCUGAACCUUGUCCAGUGUCUGUGAUCAUGGUCUUAUAUGUAAGAAUAUAUAUAUGUGGCUUGGUCCUCUGUGAUUUUCUUCGUGGCACUCAAGAGGUGAUAACAGUUCUUAAUACAAAGAAUUAAAGUAUAGGAAACAUCCAUUGGCUUCCCUGUCCAUUUUUGUUUAUUAAUCCUUCGUGACGUCAUCAACAAUAAAGCUUUGCUUUCUAUUUGUUUGUUCAACCCCUCAUAUUGUGAAUUGUUCUGCUGUCUCCGAUCUCUUUGAGAUAGUUUCAAAUUAAAUGUGUCAAAUCUGAUUUUCUAUUUCUUCUUCUUUGAAAGAAAUUCAUUCUAAUAAAAGCUUUUGAUUUGAGCCAAUUUAUGAGUUCGUGUUAUUAUUGCUGAGUUAAUAAAGAAUCCAUGUUCCUUGAGUUUGUUUCAUGGUGUGACAUAGAUGCCAAUGAUACGGCAAUACUUGGAAAUUUCUCUGCAAUCAAAUCUAAGUGAUAGCCAAUUAAGUUCUUACUGGGUUGAAUCCAUAUAAUGUCUACUUGUCUUAAUCAAGGAGCAUUAUUCCCCCGGUAAAACCAGCGGCCUGUAUGAAUAAAUACGCAAGCCACCGUCGGGGAAGUCGUUGUAAUUGAAACUAAGAUUUACUCGCUAAAAGAUUUGGCAUGCGCUAAAGUGCAAUUAAAGCGCUGUGUCGAUUGAUCGAUUCGAACAAUUUGCAUUAUUGGAAUGAGCUCGUCCCGUUGGCUUGAACUGACGCUGCUGUUUCCUUAAGCCAUGAUCACAAUAUUUUGUAAAGGAUUGUUACAAGAAUAAUUGAAGGAUCAAUGACCUGUUAUUGGCAUUAGUAUCAAUAUGUACAAAAUGCAGACAAAAGACGAAGUAAUAAGAAAUCUGGAUAGAAUCCUGAUCAAUGGUUCAAAUUGUUCUUCACGGAGAUCGAGCCAGGCAAGCACGUCUUUCAGACGUUGCAGCGACGUCAGUUCAAUAAGUGUCUGCAGUACUAGGUCCCCAUUACCGCUCAAUAUCUCGGAAAAAGAGUGGUUUUUGUAUUCUUCACAAUGUCAAAUGGGAAAGUUAAAAGACCUCUUUGCUGCCAAUAGCGGGUUUAUAGACAAAAAGGACUUUGUCAUGGUGAGAAGGUUUUAUUUCAUUUUUGUCUCCUUUCUCAUGGUUGUAAUAUAACGCUAAAACGCGAAAAUCACUCUAAAAUCAUUUUUUAUUGGCUUUCAUGUUUGAAGGAUUAUUUUUUUAUCUAAAGAUCUUAGAUUUUUCAUUUCCAACAGUGUAAAGAUUCCUUGUUUUUUGAAGUAGUUGAAUGUGCAUUAUAGAAAAGAAGAUUUUAAAUUUAUUUUCGUUUAGAAAUUUCAACCUACAAGUAAAUAAAUUGUUCUAAGCAGUUAUUCGCAACCUUAUGAAAAUAAUGGCUUCAAAUUCUUAAAUUUCUGCAGCUAUCUUCUUAAAUAUCUCAAUGAAGCAAAAUAUUUGUACAAUAAAUGAAAAGCCUUCUCCGUUGCAGCUUUUUUUAUUGUGAUAUUAUUACUCACUUAUGUUACUUAUAUCAUUACUUAUUUUAUUUAUACAACUGCGUAUUAUUAUUAUGUCAUAAAGAUGUAUAUUACUAAACGCAUUAGAAACUUUUGUGCUUUUUUUAUGUUAACAGUGCCCUGGAGCAUCAUAACUUUUGUUUAUAAUUUAAACUACCAAAACUACAAAAGUUCGAACCACUUGUGAUUUUCUUAACCUAAUCUCACAAGCAUUCUUUCAAUUCUAUUUCAUGUUGAUGUAUUUUCUUGAUUAUGGCGAUGACAAUUCCACAGGGCGUGAGUAUUAUUCGACUUUUCCAUGAGCAUUUUCACAGUAGAACUCUUUAGCAUAAUUUUAUGAUAUUCAAAGAAUCCAUAUCUGAUGAACCUAUGUUUUUUUGCUGGUAGAUUUUAUGAUAUUAUUAACAGAAAAAUUUGGUUUUGAUAUGAGGGAGAAGAAAAAAAACUUUAAAUCACAGGCAAACUGCAACAUCUACUGUAUCCCAAAAAUUAUCUGACACAUGGAUUGGUUUAGUGUACUUCUAACUAUCCAGGCUAUCUAGAUUUUUAUUUGAAAACUGAGAACAUUGCUAAUUACUAAAGGAAACCGAGCAGCGAUUUCGUCAAAUUAUUAAGGCCUCUUUGUUAAAGAAUUUUACCACCACAAAGAAUAUUUAAAAUUGUAAAAAAAAGAUAUCACAAAUGUUUUUAAAGUGAAAUGUUUCAAGCUGCUACUGAAUCGUACCAUUUUGAUUUUCAAAUAUACUUCUAUAUUACCACAAGCAUGUACACUUUCUCCCAUUUUAUUUACUCAACAAUUUUUGUCUGAUUCCUUCUAUGCUCACAUCACAUUUGCAACUUCAAAUUGAUGGAAUAAAUAGUAUACGGCAUUGCACUGGGCUGCAAAAGAGGGAAAAUCGGAGCUUCUUCACUGGCUUUGUGAUUCUGGUGCUGACGUCAACAUUAAAACGGUGAGUUCAGGUUCUUAGGACUACCGAAGCAUUUGUAAGGCUGUGGUCUUCAAUAACGAAUCUCGAACUUUAACUAGUGUUUUGAGUUUCAGUCUGAUGUAGACUUCUUCCUUCCUUUCAAUCACGUUCCUCAAUAUUAUUGCAUCUGUCAUCAGGACCAAUUGUUAGGUAGCAUUGAAGGACUUAAACGGAUCUGAUCCAUCAAACUACGAGAUGUAGAGGAAUGUACUCGUAGAUGUAUAGGAACUUUAUCAAAGCAGCUCCUUUUAUCAAAAUAGGAACAGAAGUAUUUAUGCUAAAAUAAUAUAAUGCCCGUCAUGGAAGCGCUCUUUCACUAACGUUAGAGUGCUGCCUCUUCUUUCCGAUUGUAAUCUUAGGAAAACUUUCCCGGAGAAGAGUUAUCUAUGUUGGGAUGUCCAGCAAUUGUGUCCAUAAUACCAAAAUAUAAUGUCCUUUAACUUUUCAUUUUAUGACAUAUUAUUUAUCCAUGGUAGCACCGUCAGUCUGUUGAGACUGCUUUAGAGGGGUCCUUUAAAAAACGCUACAAUGUAAAACCUAAUAAAAAUAUUCUAUUUGCAAUAUUCAAAAUAUAAUCAGCCAUAAAUAUGUCUAAUUAAUGUCCGUAGCAAAAAAUUUAGCUAAAAUCAAUAUUUUUGCUGAAUAUAUAGAUAUUUCUGUUUGAUUUCAUUGGCUAAUAGAAAUUUUUAUUUUUCCUUAUAUGUUGGAUAUCUUUUAUGCUUGAUCUUUGGCCUUCACACAAACAGAAUGUAAGUUUUUGGACAUUACCUACAAAUUAUAUCAACAGAAUAAGAACAUCACACUGUUCUGCAUUUAUUUUAUAUAUUCAACUAUCUAUAAUAAGUAUCUAGAUCUAUCUGGAUUCUACGUUGAUUCGGAGAUAAUAUCUUUUAAUGGAAAGAGUUGCGAGAAGGAGUAUGCUUUAAAUUGUUUGCUUUUUACAUGGUCAUCUUUGAAUUUAUGCUACUAGAAAAUCGAUUUAAAAGAAUUCUCGGUGGAACGCUCGCGAAAUAUCGCGACUUUGAGACUUUUCUGUCGUAACAAUUUCUUGCCUCACUUAUCGCGACUUUUAAUUCUAACGACUUUCAACUUUCUUAAAGCAAGGUUUUUUACUCUAGUUCUAAUAGUUUUAAGUUUCUUUCGUUAUCUAGAAUACAAUCUAAUUCCGUUCACAUUAUUUUGCGACUUUGCAAGUUCCGCUAAAUCUUGAUUUUCGAGUUUUUGUGACAUUUUCCCCCUCCCCUCUUCUAUUUUUCUAUCUUUAAAGUUCAGCCAAAAGUUUAAACAUAGUGUGCUCUUGACUAGAACUUUAUAACUAAGAUAACAAACUGUCUUAAUUAUUCAAUAUAUAUUCCAGGAAGUAAUUUAGAGAUCAGAAUAUGCCAUACAUUAUCAAUAUCUAGCUAAUCAUAUGUCAUUUUUUCUUUCCAAUGUUGUUGCUGAACUUCUCUUUCGUUGCGGGAUUUUUAGGGAGGCUAUACACCUUUACACAUUGCUGUGAUGCAUUGCAAGGCGCUGAUUGUUGAUAUCCUGAUCACUGAUUAUGAUGCAGACAUCAACACCAGAGAUUACAGCGGCAAGAAGCCUGGUCACUAUGCUCAAUCAGAUAUGCCCACAUGGGUACAAAGAGCCUUGAGAACCAACCAAAGCACAUCUGACGGUGCAAAAGUGGAUGCUCUUGUCAUGGCGACAACAGCAAACUUGACGGCAAUGAGCAAGCAGUCAGUGUCAAGAUCGUGGAAUAGCUUUAGACACGAAAAUUUAGAGGAGAAAAUGGCGGCAGACAAAAAAGAGCGGGACAAUCCUUCAAAAUCUCGAACGAAAUCGAUUCUACGAUCGUUUCGAAAAGUUCGAAAUAAGGAUAGAACACAACAUCAAAAAGAUUCGAAGGAGCACGCUUCAAAAGCUAGAGACUCCGAAUCUAGAGAAAGACAAAGAUCCGACGAGCGGUCCAAGUCCGUACCGGAUAUAUGCCUGACACCUGCCAGCCGGAGCAAGCUUCUGCAAAUUGAGCACCCACAUUUUGAUGAAAUGAGGCAAUCUUCAAAUGAAGAAGUUAUCGACGUAGAGCAUGCUAGUAAGUAUAGCGGGUCCGGGCGUAGUUCUUCAGAUAUCGACGAUGUUUUCGUUUUCCAUCCUGCAAAAACAAACACAGAAAAGCCCGAACGAGCAUCUAUUGGUAACACUGUAAGGAAAAAUGAUGGCGAUGACGUCAUCAGCCCUGUUGAUCAUAAGGAAGAGGUAGAACCUGCCGGUUUGUGGGCUUCGGAGCUACUGAAAGACUUUGGGGUUGAAAAGAAGCUUGGCAAAGACGAAUAUGCAAAUACUUUUGCAGACAAAAAUGCGAACCAGUGGAAAGCUACAACAGUUGUGUAGUUAUUUAAAAAUAGGAUCAGCGUUGAUUGAUAAGGAGUAUUUUCGGGCAAGAUUUGGACUAAUAGCAAGUCCGCGCUUUGAAAAUACCUGGCAAGGUUACUGCGCCCGAGAGAUGUGGGAGGUACUUUGUAAAACGAAGUUUGGUGCACCCUCAUCGUAAUAUUGCGAUUAUUCAGGGAUUCAAGCAAGUGUUAUUAGGUGGUUCAUAGAGGAUUGAGUCCUGGCAAGAAGUUCGGCAUGGGACGCCAGGUUUAAUUGCCAACAAAUGGUAACGAGUUCGUUUUAGUGUGCUCGUUUCAUUCUCUUGUUCAUUAGUUGUCCCCAAUUAUUUAGGUUUUGGGAAAUAGAAGUAAUGUAUGACUAGUUUUCUUAUGGUCAUAGUCUACGUACUGUGAUUAUCAAAGUGACAAGAAAAAGUAGAUUUGUCUGCAAAAUAAUUUUAUGCAAAGAGGAAGAGUGUUUAAAUUUUUUCUUAAUUAAACAGAAUUCAAAAUAGAAUAUACAAGGUGAUAUGUUUCUAAAAAUCCGACAUAACAAAGGCUUUUAAGUCAACUCAACUAAAGAUUAGUUGAAAUCAUUUUCGUCGAUUCAAUUCAACACAAACUUGAAUACGAUAGAAAAGCCAAAAUCCAGCGAAUAUCUCUAAAUCAGAUAAAAUCAUUUUUUGUUUUUGUUUUGUUUUAUGAAUUGCAGCAGCUUGAGAGGAACAAAAGGGAUUAUUUUUUUAAAGAUAAACUUGUAGAGUUUUUGGUGGGAAAGUGUGCAACAAAAAUCAAUUUGUGGUACGCCAUAUGGCGAUAUGACACGACAUUUAAAGGUAGCGCUCCGUUGGAUGUUGAUUUCCUUCUCGUAAACAGCAAACGUUUUGCACUGCUCAUUGAAAGUCAACGCUCAAGAUAAACAAUCAAAAUUGGCUAGAAUUGCGUCUGAUUUAACGUGCUAAUAUUUUCAAACCAUGACAAAAAUAUGCAGCUUCACGACAUUGAGUUUCCCGACGCCUUCAUUUUCUUAAUCUAAACAGUCCUUUUUUAUUAUGCAAUAAAUCCUUUGCACACUGUUAGCAAUAAGCUCGUCUUGUUUGUCCUGUCCUAUAAUCUUCAGCUGUAUUUUAAUUGCUACAUCCAAAAACCGCCUGAAUAGAAGACCUGCUUAACGCUAUGUUCCUAUGCAAAGGAAGAAAUGAGUUGGUUCUUAUUAAUUGACUUUGAUCCAUCGAAAUUCGUUGAAACAAUGCCCCCCUUUCUAAAACACAGUUACCUUUUGAUUUCCACAAAAGCAUUAACAAAUAAAAGAUAUCUCAUUGCAUAUGAAAAUUCCAUACCGAAAGAAGUUUAUUUCCUACCUUUUAUUGUUUUUGUUUUGAAAAGAUUUUAUAGAAUCCCGCUUAUUAAAGCAUUAUCUUGAAUAUGCUGUGCAUUUGAAUUGCAUAAGAGUAACUGUGUUACAAUAAAAUUUACUUGCAUAAAGUGGAGUGCUUUAAGCAUUAUAGAAAACAACACUUGCUCUCCUGCAUAGAACGAAAAAAAUCAUGUCGAAGGAGAACGAAACAAGUGAGGGAAUCUUGUCAAAGAUAGCAAUGGGAAAUGCAAUUUUGAGGUAUAUUCUAUUUUACGUAGAAAGACUUAUAAAUGGCUCAACAAAGUCCACAGCAUGAUGAAUUAUGAAUAUUCUCUCUGCAUUGGUUGCAGUAUUUAAACAUUUUUUAUUCAGCAAUUUAAUAUCAACGUGAAGCUUUCGAACCAAUUUGGUGUUAUAAAACAAUAAUAGCAAGGUCCUUGAUGUGGUUUUCUUUUUUAAAAGCGAUUUCUACUUUCACGUUAUCCUUGCUCCUCACUAGCGACACAACCACAAAUGCAACCGAAAGUCUUUUGCGCUAGUCUAGACAGUCUAGUGGGGACAGUCUAGACAAAAUUGUUAGUUUGAUUUCCUAGAGUAUUCGUUCUUUUGUCUUGAAUGUCCUCAUUUUAGAAACGCUUAAAGACUCAUUGCUAACAAUGAGCCAUUGCAUCCCAUAAUGCAUUUUCAGACAGUCUGAAAUCAAUUUUGGUUAAUUCGUAGAAGUUUGGACCGUCGCCACGCUCGCAAAGGCCCAUUGUUAGCAAUGAGUCUUUAAGUUGAACCGUCUUCAUCAAUGCAUCUGUCCCUUGUGCUUGUGUUUUGCUGGUGUUCCUAGUAAGAACCAAGUUUUACACACGAUUUAACUCUAUUUGAUUCCAAAUUUUCUCAUUUCCCAGCUGUAUGCCUAUAUCAUUGCUACAAGGUCCUUGUUAUUUAUUCCCUACCGAUUUGUCUCCUUUUUGGACCGUUUUUCUGGGGAGCAAAGCUUCUUAGUUAGUUUCAUGUUCUCACACGUUCAAUCCGCCAAAUGACACUGCCUGCAUAGCUUGCGCGGUUAUUGUAAAACUUUUCCAAGGUGCUUAUCAAUUUUAGCUAAGAUAAGAUUGAAAACAUUAGAUCGUAUGUUAAUUUUAUCUUUUUUGUUGAAUAUAUGUAUUGUAAAAUGUGAUAUUUCUUUAUUGGGUAGAAAUGUUGUAAUUUAUUUGAAGAGGAAUAGCAGUUUAUCAAGUGUUAAGUAGUAAGAACUGUAUAAAUUUCUUAAUUUCUAGAAUAAAAUACAGUAGAGAUUCUUUUCGAGCUUCCUCUAUCAAAUCAGUCAACAUCACCAGAACAAGGGGUACAAGUUCCCAUAUAUUUGAAAUCAGCAUUACCCAUAUUUGUGAAAAUAAACAUUACCCAUAUUUUUUAAAAUCAUCAUUACCCAUAUUUUUUGAAAAUCAACACUAUCCAAAUUUUUUUUUGAAAAUCAACAUUACCCACUUCCAAACUAUCCCACUCCAACCAUGCACGUAGCGGAUGCUUCACGUUUUGGGGCUUAUUAAGCAUAGCGGUCAAAUCUUUGGUUGGCUAAGAGCCCUUUCCGCUACCAUGUUCUAAGCCAAUCAGCACACAGGAUUCUCACAACAAAAUCGCUUUGCAGCUAGAAUUAGGCCCAUUUUCUCCAUUUCAGCGUGUUAUUACCACAUUGUCUACAAACAACAUUGCACGCCUCUACAAGGCGAAUUUCCACCUUAUUUUUUGUCCAGUUCAUCAUCAUGCGUUGCUAUUUAACCUAUAUUGGCGUCACUGUUCGAUCGCAAAGAAUAAUACAAAAAAACACUUCGCAAUUGAUCGCUAAAUUUCGUGUCGAGAUUCAGAUAAAUUACGUUUUUACCUCUCCCCACCCAAAGCGCUUUAGACAUUUCAAAUUUAGACAAAAUCAAUUAUAUACUUACCUUAAAUCUAGGAAUGGUUCAUAAUCCCGUCAAAGAUGCACUCACUGUUCAGCCUUAGAUUCGGCGGUGAUCGCCAAUGUAAUUAUCACAGCGGCAUAAAGGCUUUCAUAUUCACCCUCUAACUCAAUAAUUAAUUGGCUUAGUAUAGUAUUGCCCGAAUACUGUUGUUUCAUUGAGAUAAAAAUGCCCGAAUGGGCCUACUUUUCGGCAAAUUUUGCCUAAUUGGUUGGGAUCCAGUCCCAGCUUGUCUCCUACGCCUGUGACUCCAACAUCGCAAUGCAUCAGACGUCCCUGGUAAAGAAUACGCGCUUUUUCUUUAAGAACACUCAGUUUCAGCCUUGCGUUUUUUAUCUUUUCACCCUAACGUGUUUCUUAUUCUGAUUCUUGUUUUUAAUGGAAUUUCUCGUGCAUAGUAGUGUUCGGACAUAACAUGUGCUUGAUAAAGUACUUAAUUCUGUUUUACUUAUCGCUUUUUUUCUGUUGUUAUUCUUUCAUUUUUCAAUUUUUGGCAGUAUUUUGUUUCUUGAGUAUUGUUGAAUUUUAGCUUGUCUUGGUUCUUAUGUUGUUCUUAUUUUUUGAGCAAAUCUCAUCCUGGUAUUUCUUAUAAGGGUUGUUUUUAAAACACAGGCACAUAGCUGUUCAAAUUCCUAGUUAUAAAUAUUUACACGUUUCCCCGUAUGCAUUGUCAAUAAAACAUGGCGUUGAAAUUCUUCGAUUCAUUAUAUUGUUUAACCUUAUCAUCACAUUUAAUUAAAACAAGUUAUAAGAUUCAUUUUGCUUGCUAAACUACAGCUCUCUGCUUUCGAUAUAUGUCGCAGGAUCCUUGUCUUGGGUCUUAGCUUACCGUAAACUUGACCACUCCCCGAGACUUGGUUUGAGGAAGCGGUUACGUUCAAGGUUUUUUAGAAAUGUUGGUACGGUUUUCAAUCCCAAUACCUGACCGAAUGACAAGAAAAGAAUCACAUGCAAGGUAGAACUGUAUUGGAUGGAAUUUUGAGGUAGAACUCUUCAUAACCACCCCCCCCUUCCCCUCUGCCAACUUCAAAUUUUUUGCCAUUAGAUUUGUUUCUACUCUAUUUAACAAAGAAAUUCCCAUUCUUUACGCUUAGCAUGAUGUUACUUUUAAGUUACAUAAGAUUUUUGCAUGUGGGAAAUAUGAAAUACUCUACGCUAUGAAGCACCUGCAAUCGAGAUAAUAAGAUGCGGAGUAUCAUAUCUGUAUAAUAUGACUAACCAUUCUUCAUUCAAGCAAACACUAGCUGCCUCACAUUACUGAGAAAUCGCUGAAGAGAAGAUAUGAUAUUGAUUGGUAGUUUGGGACAGAUCUGUCUCUAAUAGCUUUUAGUACGAGUAUAGCCUGAGAAAUAACAAGUGAAUUACAGUCGCGGAAAUAUCUAACAGAGUCUCCGAUUGUUGCACUCAAGAGGGAACCAUUCAAUUUUGUGAGUAAUCUUAUAGUUUAUUCAGCUCAUUUGAUACUUUCAGUACCUAGACAGCUUUAUCGAAAGUCAGCUAAACAUAUUCAGGACGAAGAAUUAUAAUAUCUUCUAUGCUGAAAUUAAAGCACAACGAAUUCUUAUGAACAUAAAAAAACCUGCUUCGUGUUUAAAAACUGGAAGAAGAAGAAAUUUUUUCUUGCAUCGGAAAAAGUUCUCUUUGUCAUGUUACACCAACAAUCUUUCUAAGCUUGUUGUUAAGCAAAGCUAAAACUUUGGUUUCACUGCUAUGAUCCCACAUUUUAAGCACGUUGGUAGGCUUUGAAAUGUUUUGCUUCUUAACGCGGAAGCUUUCCUUGAUGCUCUGCUCAAACGAAAUUUCUUCAAUUUAUCCCAAAUCUAUAUGAAAUCUUCUUUGUUCACGGGCCGCCAAACAAUUUCAGCAAGGUGCUUUAGGUGCAAGAACAUCGCUGAAGAGAGGACGCUCUUGAAGCUUUGAGAAUUCUCUUUGGAAUACAAAUUAUUUCAGCACUAUUCAUUUUAUCACAGUCUGUCACGAUUUGAUAGGAAUGACUCCCUUAUUCCUUGAAAUUUUUUUCUAGAAUGUUGAUGAAAAUGCAGUACUUUAAAAGAUCCAUUAAGUAUUUAACACGAAUAUUUUAUCUUUUCCUAAGCUUGUAAUGACAGUGCUGUCUUUAUUCAGCUGGCAAAUGUGUUUAUGAAGCACUUUUGUAACCAUGGCGAUUUAUUUUGCCAUUUUAAACACAAUUUUAAAGUCACCAGUUUUACUAAAAAAUUUCUGAGUAAAUAAAUCAAUAUGCUCUCAUUUUAUACAGUCUCAAUACAAUUCAAGCUGCGUAAUUAGCUACCAUUAGGCUUUACUGAAUUUGCUUCAAGCAAUUGUUUAGUAAAAAAGAUAAUUUCGGAAAAUUGUCGUAGAAUAAUAUAACGAUAUAAUAUUCGAUCCGCGAUAUAAAAACACCUUCAUAUUCUUAUAUGGCAUGCUUGUAAGUGUUUGUUCUCACAACAGAAAAAUGCAUCUUUGUCGAUGCUUUAUCUCUUAAAGAUAGUCCCUUUAGUUACUAAAAUUUUUCAAAUGGUAAUUUUUCAACAAAUUGUUCCUGUUCCAUUGCCCUUCAUUAAGGUGCAACGCAACAAAUCUUUGGUGAUGUUAAAAAAACAAGACUUGAAGUUUAAAAGAAUGGGUUAUCUUAACGGCUUGUUACCAUCUGCCCUUGAUACCAGAGCCAGGGGUAGUCAAAGGCAGUGAGAAAUGCGAAGGACAACGGAAGACGAAGGGAUUAAUCCUAUCUGUUUUCCUUCGCAACACAAUUCACCAUUUACUUUCUAUGAUUCUCUUACUCAGAUACCACCCUAACGAGGCUUAGAUUGUUCUUGUUUGCAAGCAUUGACUUAAAGAAAAUCUUCAAGGAAUAUAAUUGUUUCCCAAAUUUCAGGAUUUGUGACAAUAAACAUCAAAGUAUCUUUUAAGCAUUUGAAAUUGUUUAUUGAUGAUUUUGCUUAUUUAAUUCUAAACAGGGAUCUCGUUGGUAACAUCACCUUGAAUUCUUAUUAGUAGCAGCAAAAUUCGAAUUUUUGUUGAACUUGAGCACGCAGUUUAAGUUUCCAGCCUUGAGAGUGAUUAUGUUAAUUUAAUUAUUUAUGUUAAUUUUCACGUAAUUAUAACUAAUUAAAAGUCGCCUGUUCAUCUGCGCUUGAUACAUUAUCUACAAAAAAAUUUCGGUGGGAUUUAUAUUUGUUGAUAUGGGGCAACCGAAAAUUAGUCCCACUGAAUUUUUUGAAACUGAAAUUUUUUCUUACGGAAUUUUUCAAACGCUAGAAAAAUCUCACUUUACACCGAUUGACUUUCGAAAUAGCAGAAAAUUUUUUUUCUUGAUAUUGUUAUUAGAGAAUUACUUUACAUCCAAUACAUAUCAAUUGGCAGGCUCUGGUUCUCCUUCUUCGUCAACAAACAAGAUAUCCUGUUCAUCUUCACUUUCUUCUCUUUCACCCUCUACAUCCAAGAAAUUUGAUUUCUUUAUUGGCUGAACUAACGUUUCUUCCGGCUCUUAAAAAUUUCUCUCCAUUAUUUCUUUCUAAAGUUCCAGUGGUUUCAAUCUGGACGCUUCAAUUUUUAACUCACAAUCGACCAGGACUCUUGUCCCUUUGUUGCGAUCGGCGAUCUAAAAUAUUGUGAACAGUAACCUAUACCAAUUACUUUUCCUUCAUGGGUUAUAAAAAAUUAAUUAACAAAGAUCGCCUCUUCAAUAACAGUUUUUGCCAACUCUUCACUUCCACUCAUUGGACUUGCAUCAAAAACUUUGGUGAUUGCGUUUCAGACAACAUUAUGUUGAAAAUAGAAAUAACUUAAUGUAAAAUAACUUUUUUGGAUUUUUUGGAACUUAAUUUAGAUUCCACUUUGUAUAUUAUAUAAUCGUUGUAUCCAAACAUCGUGAUUUUAGUAAAACAAAAAGAUUCCUGCACCAUGCCAUAAAAUAGAGUUUGUCUAGAAUGGCCACUCUUGUCAAGAUCCUUUGUUGCAAAUGACCUCGACUUCAGCCUCCACACAAUCUCGUUUUCAGCUGUGAAAAGUAAGGCCAGCCGGGCCAGAAGUCGAAGGUGCUUUGUUAUCAACGUUGUGUUUUCUAGCAUUUUCCAAAGAAUCUUUAUGGGAAAUCACUUUGGGGAGCACAAAGAGAGUUUAGAAACAUGAAGAAGAGCAAUCUCUUAUGAAUUGUGGCAUGCCAGCAAGGUUCUUCCACUGGUUUAAGGUGAAACAAAUGUGCUCUAAUGCCCAAAGCUGUCUCGACUUCAAAGUUUGAAAUCCAAUGUGUACAGGAAGUAUUGUGUAUGUGUAAAAACAUAGGACAAGAAAUUUUAUAACAGGACUGAUGUUUUAUUGACAAAGUGCUGCGGACAGGUGACUGUGUGCCCACUUAUGUUGAGCUGAGCUGACGAGAAAGGAAAAGCCGCUAGAUGAAGCUCUGCUUUCGGUAUGCAUCAAGGCCUAAUCAGUGACUGCAAGAAGCAAAACUGAUAGCUGAAAGAUAGUCAAGGUUUUGAGCCAAGGUGAUAUCGUGAAAGCUUUCAAAACGACAAACAUGCAACAGUUGCCUACAGUUGCCAGUAAAAUGUAGUUGAGAAGGAGGCCAGUGCAAGAUG